GUUGCUGCUCUUUCUGGUGUCCCUGCGUCGCUUUCGGUCGAAUCGCCGAAAUUGUGACCGACGGUAACGUGGAUGCGCAGGAGGCGUGUUUGAUCUGGUGCUUCGUGGAUGCUUGCCUUCUGGCAGCAUGCGUGUAUUCAUUCGGUUUCCGAACGAAGCUGAGGGCCAAGUACAACUUGCCCGGCGAUACGGUCAAAGAUUUCUUCCUGGACUGGUGCUGUGGAUUCUGCUCCUUCUCGCAGCAGUACCGCGAGCUCCAGAAUCGCGGAUGGGCUGUCGCAGACG